AUGAGCAGCAGCGAGGCCAAGCCGCCGGUCGCGAUCGCGCCCCUCGCCAAGUACAAGCUCGUCUUCCUCGGCGACCAGGGCGUCGGGAAGACGUCGAUGAUCACGCGCUUCAUGUAUGACACCUUUGACAACGCGUACCAGGCCACGAUCGGCAUUGACUUUCUGAGCAAAACUAUGUACCUCGAGGAUCGCACGGUUCGCCUCCAGCUCUGGGACACGGCCGGCCAAGAGCGCUUCCGCAGCCUCAUCCCGAGCUACAUUCGCGACUCGUCCGUCGCCGUCGUCGUCUACGACAUUACGAACCGCGCGUCCUUUCUCAACACGAGCAAGUGGAUCGAGGACGUCCGCGCCGAGCGCGGCCAAGACGUCGUCAUCAUGCUUGUCGGCAACAAGACAGACAUUGCGGACCGCCGGCAGGUGUCAAUAGAAGAGGGCGCCGACAAGGCGAAAGAAGAGAACGUCAUGUUUAUCGAGACAAGCGCCAAGGCCGGCCACAACAUCAAGGCGCUCUUCCGGAAGCUCGCGACGGUCUUGCCGGGCAUGGAGACAACGCCGGCCGCGGCCACCGACGCCAACCUGAUUGAUAUCAAGCUCUCGGCAGCGCCCGCGCCCAAGGAGUCGACGGCCGAGACGUGCGGCUGCUAA